GGAAGUGCAGUACUGCCAGUAGGUUUACAUCAUCUAAAAACAGAUCGAUUUUUUUUUCUGAAGUGAAGCUGCAAAGCCGACAAAUCUGAACACGUGGAUCAGAAAUAAGAAAAAUGACAGAACUUUUGGAUCAGAAAUACAAAGAUCAGUUGUCCACCUGGAUAGGAAAGAAGUGUCACUUCCGGUUACUGUACAAGAUCAGCAGAGACGGAUGUUCAGCAGCAACAUUUCACCAACAGUGCAAUGGUCAGGGGGCAACAGUGACGGUUUUUUACAACACAAACAACACGAUAUACGGGGGAUACCUGGCACAGAGCUGGCAUUCUAAUGGCGCAUACAUCAAUGAUCCUAAUGCGUUUCUGUUUCGACUGCAGUAUAAUGGGUCAUCCAAUCCACUGAAGUGUCCUAUUUCCAACACAGCUACGGCAGGGUAUGGACAUAACAAUUACGGCCCAACUUUUGGUGGGCACGACAUUUAUUCAUUUGGUGGAAACAUCAACAAGUCUGGAAAUUACUUUCAGUUGAAUGGCUCUUUCAAUAUGGGGAACUCGUACACUUUAAAUGGACAAAGCUCUAACUCCAUUGCAAAUGGUAAUCUUCAAGUGACUGAUCUCGAAGUAUACCAAGUGAAAGAUGGCCCUGACCCAAACAAAUCUUCAGGAAAGACAGUGGAUUCUGUUCUUGACAACCCAUGGAGAAAGUUUCCGGAAUUUAAUGAUGAGGCAGUUCAACAAGUUAAGGAAUUGAUUGUUGAUUUUGAACCUGAGAGUGACGCUGAAUUGUCUGCCGUCAACAUUCUUCUGAUUGGUCAGAUUGGCGCGGGAAAAUCCAGCUUUUUCAACUCUGUCAAUUCCAUUUUCCGCGGGAAAAUAACUAGUAAGGCUCGCAGUGGGAGUUUUGAACAUAGUCUUACAACAGUGUUUCGGAAGUACACCAUCAAGGACCAGAACUCUGGACAUAACCUGAAGAUCCGCCUGUGUGAUACUCGGGGUCUGGAGGAGGAUUUUACAAUAGACGCCCAGGAGAUAGCUUAUAUACUGGACGGCAACGUACCGGACAGGUACCAGUUUAAUCCAUCGUCACCAUUUACUACGGAAACCUUUGGAUUCAUUCGGAACCCAAGACUUGGAGACAAAAUUCACUGUGUGGCGUUUGUGGUGGACGGAAGUACGAUUGACGUCAUGCCCCAAAAAAUUCUCAAACAGCUGAAGGAACUACAGGGGAGGAUGAAUCAGAGAAAUAUUCCCCAGGUCGUGUAUUUGACCAAGCUGGACAAAGUCUGUCGGAAGGUUGAUGAAGAUACGUCCAAUAUGUUUUACAGUCCAGCUGUCCGUGACACAGUCAACAAGGUUGCUGACGUCAUGGGACUACCACGUGGCCAUAUCCUGCCAAUCAAAAACUACGAGAAUGAAACAAGUCUGGAUCCAAAUAUUGACAUCUUGAUUCUGAAGGCGUUGAAGCAGACGGCAGAUUUUGCAGACGACUACUUGGAGGAACAGCUAGAUAAAAUGGCCGCCGAAGGAAGAAGAAAGGAGAAAGACUAGUACUAAA